AUGGGAAACUAUGACGAACAAGGCCUGAAGGUGCAGCCACAGGAAGCAGCAGACGUAGAACUUCCUUGGGACGACGCACGGCAGCUGGUAGAAGCACUCGUACUGUCUCGAGUUGACACACCAGAUAACGCAGUAAAGGUCCUUGGACAGAGUUGGGUUCCAACUUGGGACGGCUGGAAAGAAUUGCGCCAAUGUGCGACAGAGCGCUGUUGUGUUGCAAUUGCGGAGCGACUGUGCGACAUCGCCCAGCAAAACACCCCUUACCAAAGCAAGACCGACACCCAAGCAUUGCAGACUUUGGCAUCCGAAGGGUUCAUGUGGCGGAAAGCGCUGUCACACGGCGUGAAUAACUGCUUGAUCGAUUCCCUCAUAUUGUGCUUGUCGUAUGAACACAUUUUGCCUCAUAACUUGACUGCAGAUGUCACAGCCAGGCGACGCGUUGCAGCUGCAUGCAGAAAGCAUUUGAUUCAAGAGAUUGGGGACGAAGUGGCUCCAGGCAGCAAUGGGCUUUUCCCAUUCUUGGAUGCGCAUCGGGAUGGCCCCAAAAUUGUAGGAUCACAACUCAAUGCUCUGCAGCGAGAAUCGCAGAGAAGCGGUAGCACACCUGAGAAGCUGAGUUGCAGCAAGGAUGCACGCUUUCACCUAUGUAGAACAUGCCAGGCAAGUUUAGAACCGGAGCAACUAGAAGGCGACGAAGCCUGCGAUUUACAGCAUCAUCUCGCGAAGGCAGUGAGUGCUGAGGUACAUGUGUACGAUUCAACUACCACUGACCUCAGUGUACCGCUCGAUGUUUACACCAUCGGUCGACAUGACACCUUGCUGGUGCCAGUCUUCCGCCUCUAUCGCUACAAAAACGGCCGUUACGCUGCCUUGUUGCCUGCUAACCCAGCAGAACGGCCUGUGUUCACAAGUGGCGACUCGCAGACAGCAGCCCAAGGUAGCAAACAAAAUGACAUGAGUGCAACGUGCACUGUAGCGCCGCCGACAAAUUCGUUUGGAACAAUUGGCUGCGCUGCCGGCAUAGGCAACGCAGCAAGAUGCAAGUGCAAGCCCACUGCGCAAAACAGAGAUGAACGUGCCUCCUCGCCGUGUGCGCCACAAAGCACCGCCGGUCGGAUCAACAACAGCACCACCAUCCGGAACUGGUUCGCUGCAAGGAAGCGAUUACGCGACAACCAGGUCUUGGUCCCCAAGGAUAUCAUCAAGAAGCGGCCGGACAACAGCAUUGUGUCCAUUGGUCGAGGCGGAGGCACGGUCAAGGUGCGCGGUGGUGUGCUGAUGGCGACGAAUGUGGCAGAGUUGCAGCUCACCCGCGGUGCCGUAUCGGCCUGCUGCAUCACAGAGCCCGUGCACGUGGAGGGUGGUGCUUCGGUGGUGCUGGAACUUCAGCGUGGUGACCGGUGGGGCCUGCGGAAGAGUCUCCAAGACGCGAGCUUUCUGCGGAUGCCCAUCUUGUACACUUGCACAAUGCCACGGAACGAAAGCACAGGCAAAGUUCAGAAGGCCUUGGUUCAGGAGCUUCGGAAGAAGGAGGCCCAGCUGGAAGCACAACUGAGGUCGGAGCAGCGUGGCAGGGAACAGAGCCAGGUGGCUUGGUAUUGGCGCAUGAUCAAGCCAGUGCUGCUGUUGAUCCUGGGAUUGCAACCCAGGAGCGCUUGGAACUUGGUACAGGCGCUUCUCAGCUCCUCCAAGCUCUGGUGGAUCCUUUUGGCAUUGCUGGGUGUGGGCAAAGAAAGUGUGCUGCAGCUGUGCCUGGCCGCAUGGACCUAUGGUGCUCUGGCGCAGGCUGGCGCCUGCGGCCAACGCAGCUUCGUGGUGCUGCUACCGCUGCUACCGGCGCUGCUCCGCUCGCUUCCCGGCGCGCUUGUCGCGACUGCCCUGCUGACGGCCGUGCUGUUGCUGGGGCAGGAGACCAAGAAGUGGCAAGAUCUGCGACAGAAGGUCGGGCGCUUGAGAUUUUCCAUCGCCCUGGCUCUGUUGCUGCGACUGCCCAGCAAGGAUGCCUCCUGUCUCUAUUCUGUGGGCUUGCUAUUGCUGUAUGCUGGCAACCGAAGGCCGCCCUUUGGCCCUGGCGCAGUUCACCAAGUGAGCGCCUACCUAUGCAGCCUGGUGGAGUCGCUACGCUACAUGGCCUGCUUCCCGGUGCUCUUCCUGUUGGCGCUGCCCAGCAUGGUGCAAUCCGAACUGCAGGACAAGAAGUGCCCUGGAUACCCAGAAGCUUGGCCUGGGAAGAAGUUUGCGUGGAGCAAGCUGAGUGCGAACCUCUCGGGCUUUGCCAAGCAGGCGCCAGCUGAAGUGGAGCCGCUCUUGAAGCGAGUCAGCGGAGGGAUCUAUUGGAAGAGGAUUUGGGUGGACUUUGAAGCUGCUCAGGAUGCAGUCGAUGAAGAUGAUCCCAUGGGCGCAGACUUGGCGCCUGCAGUGCCUUGUGUCGCCUCCAGCCCAGCGCAAAUUUGUGCGCAACAGCUGGCGCGACAGGCAGGUGUCGACUUCCGAAGCGUGGACUCGUUGAAGAUCGCCCGCUUGUCCGUGCUGCUGAAGAAGUACAUGAAGCCCAAAGGUGGCUUGGAAGCUUUAGAGUUCAAUGACCUGCGCGAGGCUGCUGCGGAUGAAGGAUCCUUCCUUCGCUUGGCCGAAGAGCGGCUGGAGGUGGCACAGCCGGAGGACGCAGGUGCUAACAACAGCGCUGGAGAGAACCGGGGAACUGAUCGCUUGAUGGAGUUCCUCACCGGUGGCCUGAGGACCCAUCGAGAAGGGGCGACGAACGCGCCCUGGGACUGUCAAGUGGAUGUGCUUUUGCGAUGGCAAGGUGCGCCGUUGAACGAAGAGCGUUUACAACGGGCUGUGGAUUUGGUCAUCCAACAGCAACCCAUGCUGCGUGCAUGUGUCCCUCCAGACGACAGCACCGACUUACUUCUGGGCUCCCGCAACAGUGGCUUCUCGACCACGGUGGCUGCCAGCUGGUCGUUGCUGAAUGAGCUGAACUUCUUGGAGCAAUGGCCGAAGGUGCGAAGAGCGGUGGCAGGAGCCAUUUACCUCUGCUGGCCGCGCACGUUUAUUCGAUCUGCAAAUGCCUUCAAGAUUCCCAAGUUGGCAAAGACCACUUCGAAGGAUUCCAAAAAUCUGGCAGAUGAAGUCUAUGGAGUCAUGAAUGAAUCCGGAUGGGCCUGGUGGAGGUCCGAUUCCUCUUUGAACAUGUGUCUGAUCCACUUGGAAAAGAACUCGGAGGUGACGUCAUGUGUUUAUUGCAGCGUGACUCACAAGUACGCCGACGGCGGCGCGGUGGCGGCCUUCGUGACAGCGCUGAGCGAGGCGUAUGCCGUGCUGGAGCGAGGGGAGAUGCCCAGCGGCGAAGAACAUCCAGUGCUUUCGGUGCAGGAGCAACGCUUGUGGCGAUAUCUGGAGGGCCUUCCGGGUCGCGAGGGUCAAGUCGAUGUGUAUCUCUUUGACAUCGUCAACGACAUGUACAACCACAAGUGGGGCCACAGCGUGGGCAUAGACUUCACCAUGAAGAUCUGCGACCUGGUCCGUGCUGCAGGGCGACGAAUGGCUUGUAGCGAGGAGAUUGCCUGGAUCUCUUGCAUGAGCUGCGCCAUGCUGCGGUUGAUGCCUGAUGAAGAGAUGUUGAAGUUGAUGAUCGUGCAUAACGGCAGGCUGGGUGAGGCCGAGGGUGCCGUGGCCUGCGUCUCGAACUACGUCAUGCUGCGGAUUCCUUGCUUGGAGCGAGGGAACAGCCCGGUGGCGGACAUCUGUAGCCGCGUGAAGUACAUGGUGACGCAUGGGCACUUCAGUCGACCCAGAAGCACCGAGCAAGCACAUGCGCGUUUGAACAUCGGCGGCAUGAUUGGCACCGAUGGCAACUUCGUGCAACUCUUCAAGACGGGGCGGGGGAGGGAUCCAAGCUGGUCACGGGCGCCCUACGUCAUUCAGCUGCGGAUGGACAAUGAAGGCGGAAUUUGGUGCGUCAAAGACUUCAAGUGCCACGAGUUUCUGGACCCAACCACCUUCUGGAGAGCUGCGGUGGCUGCGGCGCAAGAGAUCGCUGAAGGAAACUUCACCACGCCUGUGGCUCCCGUGGCGGCCUGAAUCCUUGACCAAAAAAAGCGGCUGAGAAAACAGUUGAUUGUUUCUGG